AUGGACAGUGGAGGACCCAAUAUUACUACGUUAAUUAUUUGUAUAUGUGUCAUUGUUCCGGCUGUGAUUGCGAUUAGUGUUUGUGGUAUUCUCUAUUACUCAAAUCGGCACAAAGAUCGAAAAAUAUAUCGUCCACCAAGUAGACCAUUGCCAUAUGAUUAUGAACAAACACGGGAGCGAGCAUCUGCAAAUAAUUAUAUAAUUGAUUUUACACAUGUAAAUCGAUCUCAACAACAACAACGCCGUCCACGGUCACCACCUGCAAUUGAACAAUCACCGCCAGCUUAUUACAUUACAACUAUUGAGACACGACCACCAUCCAUACCAAGAUUUUCAUCUAUUCGUACAAUACCAACAUCAACAUAUACGAAUCGAUCUUCACCGACUAUAGCUCCAUCAAUACAUUCAAUAAUGCCACCAUCUUAUGCUGACAUAUUUUUAAGACCUCAUACACUACCAAAUGAAUAA